GCUGAGAGUCUGAUUUCUGUUGUGUUUUUUUUUUUUCUGAGGAAAAGGGAAUUUCUGGUUUUCUGGAGAGAGAUUUGAGUUUCUGGUUUUCCUGAUGGAUAAAUGAAAUUUCUGGUUUUCCUAAGGGAGAGGCCCCUUCCUAGUUUUCCUAAGAGAAAAGAACUCAUUUUUCCUUCAGAAAUUUCAUUUUUUUCGGGGGCACAAGUCAGUUUCUGCUUGUCCUGUGGGAAAAGGAAAUUUCCUUUUUUCCAGUGGGAAAACGAAAUUUCUGUUUUUCCUGAGGGAGCUGCUGUCUUCUGUUUUUCCUAAAGGACAAGGAAAUUUAUGGCUUUUCUGCGGGGAAAGAGAAUUUCUCUUUUUCCUGAAGGAGAGGCCAGUUUCUGGUAUUCCUGAGGGAAAAGGAGAUUUCUGGUAUUCCUGAGGGAGAGCCUAGUUUCUGGUUUCGCAAAGGGGAAAAAGACAUUUCUGUUUUUCUGGAGGGGAGAGGACAGUUCCUGGUUUUCCUGAGGUUGAAAGAUCUCUAGCCAUGGCGGAGGCGGAGAGGCGGCGGCCGCUCCUCCGGCUGGUGCAGGAGGGACGGCUGGAUGUCCUCCGGGACGAGCUGCGGCCAGACAACGCACUGGGCCCAGCGGUGCAGAGCUGGCGCUACGGACGCUUGGGAGAUACGCUGCUGCACCACGCUGCCCGAUACGGGCACCGGGACGUCCUCGCCUACUUGGUAGAGGCGCUGGGGAUGGACUUUGAGGUGUUUAAUAGCGACUACAAAAGACCCCUCCACGAAGCGGCCUCCAUGGGCCAUGGGGAGUGUGUCUCCUACCUCCUGGAGAGAGGCGCGAGCGUAGACUGCUUGAAAAAGGCAGACUGGACUCCCCUAAUGAUGGCUUGCACCAGGCAAAACCUGGAGGUGAUCAAAGCUCUCGUGGAGCAUGGAGCUAACCCGCUGCUGAAGAACAAGGAUGGCUGGAAUUGCUUCCACAUUGCGAGCCGGGAGGGCCAUCCCCGGGUCCUUCGGUACCUGCUGGAUGUGUCCCCGGGCAGCUGGGACACGGAGAGCACGAUAAAGAGAACGCCUCUGCACACAGCAGCAAUGCACGGCUGUUUUGACGUUGUGGAGCUGCUCCUGGAGCGGUGCCAGUACAAACCUGACAGCCGAGACAAAUGUGGAGUCACUCCUUUUAUGGAUGCCAUCCAGAACGGGCAUGUCAACAUUGCCCGGCUGCUCCUAGAGAAACAUCAGGCCUGUCCUUCAGCCAUGGACGCGCUGGGCGCUCAACCUCUGCACCGGGCAGCCGUCACGGCCCAGGAUGAAGCCAUUCGUUUCCUUGUCUCUGAGCUGGGUGUUGAUGUCAACGAGAGAGCAACGGCCCUGCAACUCACAGCACUGCACUACGCAGCCAAGGAAGGACACGUGCAUACCAUCCAGACGCUACUGUCCCUUGGUGCUGAUGUCCAUGCAAAGGAUGGGAAAAGCCGUUCCGCCCUGCACGCGGCGUGCGCUGGGCAGCAGGCGGACGCCGCACGGAUCCUGCUCCGUGCCGGGCUGCAGGACGCCCCGGAUGGCACGGGCACGCUGGCACGGGAGCUCGCGAGGAAGCCAGAUGUUAUCCAGGUUUUCCAGGAAACAAAUGUCAGCACGUGAGACGAAAUGGGAAAAAGAGAAACCUGUUUCAUUGCAGCGUGGUCUGAACUUCACCUUUUCUUGUGCAGCACCCAGCAUGUCCAAACAGCUGAGACUGCAGCUCCCUGAAGUAUAACCGUCCAAGGUAGGUGCUCCAUGGACCACUGCUAGAUGACUUCUGGGGACCUACGUGGCUUGAACUGACUGGAGCCUGCUUAGCUCCUACUGGGACGUUUCCAUACAGUGCCAUCCUGAAGGAGAAGAUGCACCUGGACCGUUGAUUUUUAUAGCCCUUAAUAGACCUGCUCUCCAUGAAUCUCUUAAAUUGCUUUAAGUGGCCACCUCUUUCGGUAACCCCUGAGAGAGGCCAAGUGCGGUGACUCUUCCUUCGUCAGACUUGAACUGCAGAAGAGAAGUGCAGGGAGACUUCAAGCUGCAUCAACCUCUUACGUCCUUUCUGUGGUCCGAGCCUGAUCCCAAAGUCUACUGAAAUCAAUACAAAGACCUCAACCUUGCGAUGACAUCAAGGGUCUUUGGAUCAGACUGAAAAAGAGGUAUUUGUUAUUCCAGACAGUCUUGCUUGGCAUUUCUCACCACGAAUGAACUUUAAAAAAAAAUCCUGCUCUUUGAAGUGUGCAGAGAAAUGGCUUAAUAUUUAAUGUAGCCAGUAAGUCCCUAACAGCCUGGAAUACACAUAGAGGUAAGAACUACUGUAGCUGUUUGGUUUGUUUGUAUGCAUCUGGAAUUAUAAAUUUGGUUUUCUAUGGCACGUCCCUGUCUAUACGUAAUGUCAAGGCAUAAAAAACAACAGGAUUCCACGGUUUUGGCGAGAGCAGGUGAUAAAAAUGAGACAGGCCUUUAACUGAGCGAGCGAAGUAGGUUGUGCUUUGCCCAAGCCGUGGUGCUCACGUCACGGUCUGAUGCACAACCCACGUGCUGCCGGGUGGGUUUAAGAUGAUGCUGAGUUCUGUUUGGGUGAGAAACUCCCACCCCUGUGGUCCCUGGGACAGAAUUUGCUGUGACAAUCCUAAGCCAGAGCGACAACAGUGCCACGCUCCUCUCGAGUUAAACAGCCUUUACAGCAGGGUUAGGGCUGGCUCGCGUUGCACGAGGAGAGGCAGCUCGCUCGCAAAAAUAAUUUGGGGGGCUGCGAGAAGAGGCUUUAAGCUUGUGAGAGGGGGAGAAGCGGGACUCGGUAGCAUCUUAAGACUCUUGCAAACGUGCCUGCAAAGACCUGCUUCUUGCCAGUCUUCCCCUCUCUUGUUUCUCCAUCUGUGAAGGCAAUUAUUCUCCACCAGGAAGGGAAAAUGAAUUAGUGCUGGAAGGCGCUGACAGUGCAGGGUGAUGGGAGCUGCAUCAGCCCCUGGGCAGGCGAGGAACUGGCUUUAUUCCUCUAAAGAUCCCGAAUCCUUUCAUAAAUGUGGGCCUGGCCUCCAUACAGCAAACAGCAAUUCUACAACCCGGUAAAUGCAAGAAGCUCCUUUAUUCCCACUUUUCAUGAUUUUAGCAAAGCAUGAAAUAGCUGUUUCCUCCUAAUAUCCCUGCUAACGAGCUCAGAUUGCUCGUGAGUCAAAGCUUUUUAGGAGAAAGCAAGUGAGAGCGUUUUCAAAUGUCUGUCUCCAGCUCUCCUGGCCAUGGCAAACACCUUGAAAAUGUAAAAGGGAAUGUGCAUUAUUAUUUUUAAGGUGGUUUAUGAUUUCCAAAGGCUUCUGGACAGUAGCAGAGGGCCCAUGCGCCUGGGAUGGGAAGCACAGGCAUUGUACUCCUGUCCAAAAGCGAGACGUAAUGGCACAUCUCCAGCACUGUCUUUUAUUUACCCUUCUUUUAAAUCUGCCCUUCAGGCAAUAAAACGAUGCACAGAAACAAACUGGCUGUUGUUAUCGCAGAUGAUCAGGUACAAAAGGAUGUCGGAAAAGGAACGUGGAUUCAGCUGUAUGCCUGCAAAAUUAGCCUGGGGAUGAGCCCUUGAUGUCUUUCUUGCUGUUUUUGCUGUUGCUUACUUGCCGCAAGGUAGGAGCCAGGGGUUGGGACACCUUUGUGUCCACGGGAGCAUGCUGCAAACUGCUGGGAAGAGCUCGGCAGCGCUAGACUGCGUGUGUGCGAACCCCCGUCGCGUUCCCGGCAGACGUCUCACGUGGAGAGCUGAUGCGGGCGCCUGGUCCCCUGGGGAGGAAGCCCAGGAGCCGGGCUCCGUACCACACAGCGCUGAAGGCAGCUUGGAGCAGAGCCUGGCAGCUGGCGCACAGCUUUGGCGCUGUGCUGUUAUGCCACCUCUUCCACCCACCACUUCUUCCGGCAUCGGUGCUUGCCGGGGGCCCUGCAAACACUCCUGGUCCUGCAGCCACGGAGAAGAAGACCCAGUGCCUUCAUCUUGUAGGAUGUGGCUGAGAUAAAGUCAGGGUAAGUAGAAGUGUCCGGAUAGGUAGGAAAUAAUGUUGUAGCGCUGUCGGAGCUUGUUGGGAGACCUUACAGGAAGGGAGGGUGUUUUGUUUAUAAAUAAAAUUGGUUUUGCUCUGGCGGUUACAGCAUCACACCCACAGCAAACACACAAGCACCAAGACACACGUGCCUGGGUAGUCUAGCCAGGUUUCCUUGCGAUGGUGCUGAGGAUGAGGGACUGCAGCUAUUGCAUCCUUAUCACAUCUCACGGGCUUUUCUUAGGUUGGUGACCGUGAAUCAGUUUUGGAUGUGCCCUUUUGUACCUCUUGGGUUGGCGAUUUUCACUCCACCCUGUCCCCAUCCUCUGUGAGUGAUGAGGAUUCACUCUUGGGCUGUUGUCUCUCGGCCCUGGUGUCCCAACUAGCUGCUGGUAGGCACGAGUCAAGGUCUUGAGGAUCUGCUCACCAUGGUGCAUCACCACCAGCUGUUUCGCUGUCUCUUCUCCUGCCUUCUGCUGCUUCCACAGCCAGACCUUCCUGCUCAUCCUCCAUCCAGGCCAGUCUCAAUAUUCCUACUGUGAGUACAUCCGUAUGGAUGUUGCUCCAGUCCUCCAGCCAACAAGGCUGUCUGUCCCAUCCCAAGCUGCGUGUGCGUUGCUGACUUGUCCGAUGGAGAUUCGUGGUGGUGACUCAUGCAGAUCACCAGUUGUCCGAUGCUCAUGGAUGUUGGAGAGGAGGUAGAAAACCUGUACCUGCCGCUUGGGCACCGGAAACAAGCGUCCCUGAAGGGCCCAAUGCUGCCACCCGCUCACGGGUGUUUCUGUGCACACCUGGUGCAGAUUUGUCCCGGUUCCUGGAUAGAUAAUGUCACCACCUUGCUGCCUGGCUUGCUGCUGGCAUUGCUCGCUCCCUGUGUGCUCUCCCACCACUCUGCACCACUGAGCCUUCACCAACACCCUGUAAAUGAAGAUUUUAAUUAUAUUUUUUCUUACCCGAAAGAAUAGUUCCUGUGAACGAACUUGGUGCAAGAUGCAGAGCCCAGCUGUGCCCAGGUGAGGCAGGAAACAUACAGUCCAUUGAUGAGCAGCGUUCACCUGCGGCACCUCGGGGCUGACAGGUCUCAUCCCCCCCAGGGGCUCUGCAGCCGCGUUCAUCUCUCCAGCUCCUCCAAAUAUUAAAGCAGUUUGAAAGGAUCCGCUCUGCUCUCCGUCUGAACCACCAUGGCAGGCUUUUAUAGAGUCAUAGAGUGGUCAGAGGUGGAAAGGACCUUAAAGAUCAUCCAGUCCCACCCUCUGCCUGGGCAGGGACACCUCCCACCAGCCCAGGUUGCUCCAAGCCCCGUCCAACCUGGCCUUGAACCCCUCCAGGGAUGGGGCAGCCACAGCUUCUCUGGGCAACCUGGGCCAGGGGCUCACCCCCGUCACAGCAAAGGAUUUCUUCCUAAUAUCUCAUCCCAAUCUCCCCUCUUCCAGUGUAAAACCCUUCCCCCUCGUCCCGUGGCUCCCCUCCCUGAGCCAGAGUCCCUCCCCAGCUUUCCUGGAGCCCCUUUAGGGACUGGUAGGGGCUGGAAGGUCUCCCCGGCGCCUUCUCUUCUCCAGGCUGAACCCCCCCAGCUCUCUCAGCCUGU